GGCCCAGCGCCCCUUCUGCACGGGCCCCUCCCAGUGCUCCCCUGGGGUGUCAGCUUCGGCUCCACUUGCCCCCACUCCACCCUCCUUUCGAAGGGAUUGCCCUUUUUUUUUCCUCUGCGGCGGCGGAAAUGACAGUGUGGUGCUGCGGUGGUGUCAUGGUGCUGCCUCUGGACUGAGAGGCAAAAACUCUUAAGUUUCGCCCGGGAGACCCAAACGCGGGAACGUCGCGGUCUCCGUGCUGUCCCCUGUGGGGCGCGCGGGCUGGCGGAUCCCGGCUGCUGCGCGGCGGCAGCGGCGGCGGCCGCAGCGGCGAAGGCGGGCGGCGGCCUAGAGUGGUGGUGGCGGCGGCGGCAGCGACAGCGGCCCGGGAGCUCGCGCGGGAGCCCCAGCCAGCUUGCUGAGGAGGCCGGCGAGCGCCCGGCGCUCCCAGGAGCACAGAGGAGAUGGCUGGCACCCGGGAACAAUAUGGGUGAAAGCCCAGCCUCUGCGGUUCUUAAUGCCUCAGCAGGAUUAUUUUCACUAAAGAUGGAAACACUGGAGUCUGAAUUGACCUGUCCAAUCUGCCUCGAGUUGUUUGAAGACCCCCUUCUGCUCCCCUGUGCUCAUAGCCUGUGUUUCAGCUGUGCCCAUCGCAUCUUGGUCUCCAGCUGCAGCUCCGGUGAAUCCAUCGAACCCAUUACUGCAUUUCAGUGUCCUACAUGCAGGUAUGUUAUCUCGCUGAAUCACCGGGGCCUGGAUGGCCUCAAGAGGAAUGUGACCCUGCAGAACAUUAUCGAUCGCUUCCAGAAGGCUUCAGUCAGUGGGCCCAAUUCUCCAAGUGAGAGCCGUCGGGAGAGGACUUACAGGCCAAGCUCCGCCAUGUCUAGUGAGCGAAUUGCUUGCCAAUUCUGUGAGCAGGACCCUCCGAGAGAUGCUGUGAAGACAUGCAUCACCUGUGAGGUCUCCUACUGUGACCGCUGCCUUCGGGCCACACACCCCAACAAGAAACCCUUCACCAGCCAUCGCCUGGUGGAACCAGUUUCAGACACACAUCUUCGAGGGAUUACCUGUCUGGACCAUGAGAAUGAGAAAGUGAACAUGUACUGUGUAUCUGAUGACCAAUUGAUCUGUGCCUUAUGCAAACUGGUGGGUCGUCACCGAGACCAUCAGGUCGCUUCUCUAAAUGAUCGGUUUGAGAAACUAAAGCAAACUCUGGAGAUGAACCUCACCAACCUGGUUAAGCGCAACAGCGAACUAGAAAAUCAAAUGGCCAAACUAAUACAGAUCUGCCAGCAGGUUGAGGUGAAUACGGCUAUGCAUGAGGCAAAACUUAUGGAAGAAUGUGACGAGUUGGUAGAGAUCAUCCAGCAGAGGAAGCAAAUGAUUGCUGUCAAAAUCAAAGAGACAAAGGUUAUGAAACUGAGAAAAUUGGCACAGCAGGUUGCUAAUUGCCGCCAGUGUCUUGAACGGUCAACAGUCCUCAUCAACCAAGCUGAGCAUAUUCUGAAGGAAAAUGACCAAGCCCGGUUUCUGCAAUCUGCAAGAAAUAUCGCUGAAAGGGUCGCUAUGGCAACUGCAUCUUCUCAAGUUCUGAUUCCAGACAUUAAUUUUAAUGAUGCUUUUGAAAACUUUGCUUUAGAUUUUUCUAGAGAAAAGAAACUAUUGGAGGGGCUAGACUACUUAACAGCCCCAAACCCACCAUCUAUCCGAGAAGAACUUUGUACCGCCUCCCAUGACACCAUUACAGUCCACUGGAUCUCGGACGAUGAGUUCAGCAUCAGCUCCUAUGAGCUUCAGUACACCAUAUUCACUGGCCAGGCUAACUUCAUCAGUAAGUCAUGGUGUAGUUGGGGCCUGUGGCCAGAGAUAAGGAAAUGUAAGGAAGCAGUAAGCUGCUCAAGAUUGGCCGGUGCGCCACGAGGCCUGUAUAAUUCAGUGGAUAGCUGGAUGAUUGUGCCCAACAUUAAACAGAACCAUUACACAGUGCACGGCCUCCAGAGUGGGACACGCUACAUCUUUAUUGUGAAAGCCAUAAAUCAAGCGGGCAGCCGGAACAGCGAACCCACCAGACUGAAAACAAACAGCCAACCCUUUAAACUAGAUCCCAAAAUGACUCACAAGAAGUUGAAGAUCUCUAAUGAUGGAUUGCAGAUGGAGAAGGAUGAAAGCUCUCUGAAGAAAAGCCAUACCCCGGAGAGAUUUAGUGGAACGGGGUGUUAUGGGGCAGCAGGAAAUAUAUUCAUUGACAGUGGCUGCCACUACUGGGAAGUGGUCAUGGGUUCUUCAACAUGGUAUGCAAUUGGUAUUGCCUACAAAUCAGCCCCGAAGAAUGAGUGGAUUGGCAAGAAUGCCUCCUCCUGGGUCUUCUCGCGGUGCAAUAGUAACUUCGUGGUGAGGCACAACAACAAGGAAAUGCUGGUGGAUGUGCCCCCACAGCUGAAGCGGCUCGGUGUCCUCUUGGAUUAUGACAACAACAUGCUGUCUUUCUAUGACCCGGCUAACUCUCUCCAUCUCCACACUUUCGAUGUGACCUUCAUUCUUCCAGUUUGUCCAACAUUCACAAUCUGGAACAAAUCCCUAAUGAUCCUGUCUGGCUUGCCAGCCCCAGAUUUUAUUGAUUAUCCCGAGCGGCAGGAAUGCAACUGCAGGCCUCAAGAAUCCCCCUAUGUGUCCGGGAUGAAAGCUUGCCAUUAAGUGUCAAGAGAGCAUGUAAUUCACUGGCUCUCCAGUUCAGCACUCUUCCCCUCCUAAGUCUCCAUUAGUGUUCCAUAUGAGAUACAAAAGAAAGUUCCUUGGAAGCACCCGUCCUAAAUAACUAGAUAUUGUAGAUUUAAUUUUUGUGCAUUAAAGCUUAUGUUUGAAUUUAUGUAUUGAGUUACUCAGAACAAAUUAUCUGAAUAGUCUGGGUUCAUGCCACUGGGGAAGAAUUUUAGAGACUGUCUCUGUCAUCAUUGGAGAAUUAAAAAUUCCCAGUGAUUUGGGAGUAUAAAUGAUACUGGAAGGAAUUAGCCUUUCUAGUAGCGGCUAGUUUGACCAGGUAGAAUUUGCACAGUGUCUAAUUAUUGCAUAUUAUAUGUUAAUAAACUAACAAUCGAGGUGUUAUGAGAAUAUCAUACAUGUGUAUAUAUAAUAUAUAAAAUGACUGAAUUCAUUUUAUGAGCAAAAUGACAUAGUUCAUUUUAUCUAUUACAUAUAUACAAUAAAUCUUAAUUUGCUCAUUUAAGUGAGAAACAUAUUGAGAAGGAAAAUAAAUUAUACUGCCCAUUCUUAUUCCCGAGAUGAAACAUCACAGUAGACUGACAUUGUUCUCUUCCUCCCUUUGUAGCCUUCCUUUCUCCCCUCGUGUCACACGUACAAACACAUGCAAUCACAACGCAGGAAGUGAGAAGAGCUCUUGGUUAGAUUAGGAGAGAUCUGUGGACAUGAUGAUAUAAGAGAUGCUAAUGCUACAUUGAAAAUUGAUUCCAGUAGAAGUGUGCCAUGUAGCAUAAUUUCAUUAAUAUUAUUUAAUAGAGAUUUAUUUGAAUUAUUAAAAAUUGUCAUAGAAUAUUUCAAAGAAAUAUAGUUUUGUUACUCUCAAAUGCAUAGUUAUUAGACUUAAGCUAAAAAAUAGAGUUCCUUAAUGGAGUUUCUUCAGAACUCGCCUUACUUGGUCAGUAAGAAUAGUGUUACAGGUUCAACAACUCUAUGAAUACAAAUGUAUUUUCAGAUGGAGCACUCCUGAAAUGCUAUUUUCCUUGAUAGGAUCAAUACUCAUUCUUUUGUGAAUUUGUUUACGUUAUUCACUCGCUCAGCAUCCCCUUCAUGACAAAUAGCACAAAUCCCAUCCUACUUUUCACCAGACUAGUUAAAGGAAAUUGAGCUUCAUGGCUUGUGAUUUCACCAAUUAUUUUGCAAAGAUUGGAAACGCCAGAGAAAUAGAAUCUUCUCCCAGGAGCAAAGUCCACCCCUUGGCAGUUGUAAAGUGAUUACGGCUGUGUGGCUGUAAAGUGACAGUAGUAGCCAUUACCUGGAUUGUAUUGUAGCCUCGACGCAGUGUCAAAUGUUUGCUCCUCUUUCGACCAACAUGGCAGAUUCUUAUUUAUUAAUUUGUUCAAUGAACUGUUAGAUGCCACACUACAACUGCAAGAGUGCACAUAUUACUAAAAUUCAGUCCCUGCUGCCAAAUGACUCACUCUUAUGCAUAAGAGACAACAUAUCGCUGUAAAUCUCGCCUAAUAACACUUAUGGAGUGUUUGCUAUCUACCAUGAAAAGCAAGAUCAGCGGCCAGACAAAAGGAAGGCUCAGAUUUACAAGUCAAGUGGCAAAGUCAGUUCCUUUGACUGUAAAUAGCAUAUGUACCUUACGGCUCAUCAGGGAAUAGGCAACAUCGGUACAGCUCAGCAGUGCUGGUAACAAACUUGUGGUAUUAGAAGGCUCCCAGCCUUGAGACUGAGACAGUCCUAGCUUCUCUGCCAGCUAACUAGCAGUGUGACCUCAGGAAAGCACUUCUCCGAGCCUGUUUCCUCUUCUGUAAAAUGAUUUUUUUCUUUUUUUUUUUUGGUUUUUCGAGACAGGGUUUCUCUGUGGCUUUGGAGCCUGUCCUGGAACUAGUUGUUGUAGAGCAGGCUGGUCUCGAACUCACAGAGAUCCACCUGUCUCUGCCUCCUGAGUGUUGGGAUUAAAGGCGUGCGCCACCAUCGCCCGGCUGUAAAAUGAUUUUAUUUUAUAAGGCUGGUGCGCAGGUUUAUAAAGGUAGUGUGUAUCCAUUGCCAAGCACAGCACCUGGCAUCCACUAUGUGUGCCACCAACAUACCCAACACUAGUCGUUUGGUUUUUGUGCCCUUUUAAGGUUUAGUUCUAGGAACAAAGCUUUAUUCCCCAUUCUACUUUUGACGGCAGCCUGGGACUACCUUUCCCUCAGUUAACUAGUGACCUCCCAAACUGGCAUAUAUGGCCCUCUGGGGCACUCCCCUGGCACACUGAGCACCCCCUCUCAGCAAUAAUCACAUUGUAUGAUAGUAUUUCUCAGAAGGUCAUUUUCAGAAGACCAUCCUCAGAAGACCCAUUUUAGAACCACCCUCUAUGAUUUGUUCCUUGAAACAAUUGAUGCUUGGCUUUUACUCCUGAUAUAUUUAAUUACACUAUCUGGGAACAUUAAAAAAAACUUAGAUUUGUGACAAACUUCUCAGGUUAUUCUGAUUCACACAAAAGUUUAAUGUAUAGUAAUUCUCUUUCCAGCUAGAGUGGGAAUACCUUGAGGGUAAGGACCGUGGCUUUUGUUGUUGCUGUAAUUUUAAGACCCAGCACAGUGUCUGGAGCAAAGUAGUUGCCUGACUAAUGUUUGUUGAAAGAGCAUACGAAUGAACAAAUGAAUAAUCGAAAUUGCUCUGACUGUAAUGUCCGCUAGUGGUAUUUGUUAUUCUUGGACAAGUUGGUUACUUAUUUAGUCUGUAUUGAUAUUAGUUUGUAGAUGUACAAAAGAACAUUGUUCCAGAUUGGCAGUUAUCAUGGAGAAUUGUCUUUGGAGCAUGUGGUAUCAUUUUCCCAAUAACAUUUCAUGUUUUCAUGAACUUCAAUGAACCGUAUUGUUCUUUGAAGGUAGAUUUAAGUUUUCAUUAUAGGCAGAGUUAAGCCUACUGAAAUUGGCUACUGAAACUGGGAAACUCAAUAGGGUUUGUGGUAAGCAAUGAAGCUUGACUCUGAAAUCCCAACUUCUGAGGCACGUAAUUGAAAUGCCUUCCAAGAAACAACAUGGUGACAAAUCCCUCAGAGGGCUAUGAUGGGUCCCAGAUAAUGACUUCAGUAAACUUAAGGACUUUCAUAAAAUACUGGCAAUGGCAGGGACCAGAGGCUACCUCUAGCUAAAGCCAGUUGCACAAACAGAACAUGACCUACAUUUAACAUCGUAAGGAAAUGUGAUUCCAUGAACGUGGUCAUUGUUGCUUUACUUGAUCUAACUAUUCAGAACUUUUUCUCCUAGAGAAUUAUUUUCUGUCUGCAAUUUAUGCUUGUUUCCACUUUUUCUAUUGUCUUGUUGAAGAAAGCACAAAAUAAAGCUAAGCUUGUUUUGAGACUACGGAAGAAAUUUUAAUGCCACAUUGAUGUUCUUGCUACGUGUAAGAGUAACUGCAUCUGGCUGUGUUUUUAUUAUGUAAUUCCAUUGUGUGUCUUUGGAUGCAGUGAAGUUCAUAUUGCAGCAAAAAUCACUUAUACAUGCUUUUCAGCUCAAGCAUUCUAGGUGAAUUCUCUCAGCUUCCAUGGUUUACAUAUUUGUAUAUGACUACCUGGAUGGACCAGUUCAUGGAUGGACUUUUAAAUAAGCUCAGAGGCUGAAACCCCUUUCUUUCAAGGAAUGGAGAAUGUGAGGCAGGUAGACAUAAACCACUUCCGCAAUUAUUUGUAGCUCCUGAAGCCAAUUCCAGCCUGAGAGCCACUGGGCUGUAUUUGGCUGUGCAUUACAAGUUGGCCAGACUUACUGCCAUCAGGUCAGGCAAAACUGCCUUUUAUGGUGUGGUCUGCCAGCUUCAGAGAUAUGCUGUGUUAUUGUUAUUGGCUAGAAUAUUUAUUAGACUAUUGUUGGACUAUUUUUUAUCUAAUGCUUUACCCCAGGCUUGUUUGUACUGGGAGCUCUGGACGAAUAGUGUCUCUCCUAGUAACAGAAACAUGAGCAUCUGUGGAUUACACAGUCUCACCCCUCUCUAAAGAUCCCAACCCAUCCAAAAUGCUAUAUUAUGAAUUAAAUAAAUAUAUAUGUAUUCA